AUGAGAUCAGAGUUGAAGAGAAUGUACAAGCAUGGUGCGCGAAAGUUUCUGAUCAUCGGAGCUGGGGCACAAGGUUGCUUGCCUGCUGAAAGGGUGAAACAGAAAAGAGGGGUAUGUAAUGAAGAAGCAAAUCAGCUUUCAAAGAUGUUCAACCAAAAUCUAGUUUCAUUACUAGAAGAAGCAAAAUCAAAGUUUAGUGACUUCAGAUAUGCUUUCUUCAGCAUGUACACUGGCUAUGUUGAAUUAUAUCACAAUAGAAGAACUUACGGAUUUGAUGAAGUUGAUGUGGCAUGUUGUGGUGGUGGCUUCCUGAAUAGCACCAUUUUCUGUAAUCCCAAAACCGUUCCUCCUUGUUCCAAUAGAACAAACCAUUUGUUUUGGGAUGGAAUUCAUAACACAGAGGCCACUGCUGGGGUGUACAUGAGUAUUGCUUAUCAUGGAUCAUCACCUUUUGUGUAUCCUAUGAAUCUGAAGCAACUUAGUGAUGUCUAA